AUGAGUUCCACAAGAACGCCACAGAUACGAAAAAGGCGGUCAACGGGUAAACUAGUUGUCCUGAACGAGGAAGAACUUAUACAUCAAGUCCAGCUAAGGCCAAUACUCUAUGAUCGGACGCUGAAAUCAUUUCGAAAGUCUUCGCUGCGACAAAUGCAUUGGCAGGAAGUCAGCGAUGUGAUGGGUGCAACAACAGAUGAAUGUCGCAGGCGAUGGCGUUCUUUGAGAGAUUCCUUUGCCAAACAUUACAAGCAAGUACAACGUACCGAAGAUGAACAUACACGGAAUAAACACCGCAAGUGGGUUUUCUAUGACCAGAUGUCUUUUAUGAUACCAUAUAUGGAUAAUGCAAGUUAUUCCUUGGAUGACCAUCUCAUUGAGGAAUUUGGUGACAAUUCGGAUGAUCAAAGUAUUCACUGUGAAACAUCAUCCACGGCCGUAUUAGAACAAGCACAAGGCAAUCAAAAUACAACCAAGAUGGAAAAUCACAUUGAGCAGAGACAUAGCAAUGAUCAUGUCCAGCAAAACACCGUUUCGGUGCAGGCCACAGAUUUUAUGCCAGUGCCGGAAGAGACAGAAGUAAUGGACCAUCACCACAGCCAUCAUCAGCAUCAUACACCAAAUAGAUACAGAGUCAAUCAAAAUGGUGAAUAUAAAAAUCGCAACAAUGAAGAAACACCUUCAUAUUAUGCGUCGCCCAAUAACUAUUUCGAUUCGGAUGAAAAGUUUUUGCUUAGUUGUGCCCCGGCAAUGCGACGUUUAACUAAUCGCCAAAAUGCCAUAGCCCGCCUACAGAUCCAACAACUUUUGUUUGAUAUUGAAUUUGGAAAUCGUCAGAAUCAUGAUUAA